UGCAAAGACAAACCUGAUCCUGCACACUCACAGGCAGUCAGAGAGAAACAUUCUGUCCACCGUGUCUCUGAGUCUGCAUCCUUGGCAGAUGCAGAGGAAUGAAGUUGGCACAGCGCCCGCUGCAGUCUGCACACCACACUCUUGAAAUCACGCCUCACUGGCUUCUCGUCUAAUUGGUUCUAGCCAAGCCACCGUGGAGAGCUCACCUGUUUUAGUUGGACUAUCGCGAUAAGGUGUCCAAAUGACGCGGAUGCGACUGAUUGACCGCUUCCAGUAGUCACAGGGCUGGCCUAACUCGGGGUUUGUGCGUGAGCUUAAUUGAGCACCAAGAAAGACUGCACGACAGGCCAAAAGACAAGAGAAGCGGAACAGUGAGCGCAGGCAUCUCAGCCUAUGAAUGGGUCCAGGACUACGCACCGAGGGCUUUGCGCUUAUGGACAUGGACCACCGUUAACAGCCUGAGAUUCGGUGUGAAAAUCCAAAUAUUUGGAUGCAUCUGCUUCAUCUUUGAACUUCUAGUUAAACAGAAGAUCAAUUGUACUCAAUAUUUACGCGUGGGUAAACAGAAAACAUUGGCAUUGACUGUUUUCCUCAGAAAGGAGGUCUGGAAGCAGGAGCUGCUCCAUCGUUGUUUGUGGCAUCGGUAGGCACACUGAGACCUUCAGCACUGAAGCCUUGUUUUUGCGGGAGUGGUCGGUGCGCCCCUGCGUUUGGAGCCAUGGGUUGUACGGUGAGCGCCGAGGAUAAGGCUGCCGCGGAGAGGUCAAAGAUGAUUGACAAAAAUCUCCGAGAGGACGGAGAGAAAGCAGCCAGAGAAGUGAAACUGCUUUUGUUAGGUGCUGGGGAGUCUGGGAAGAGUACCAUUGUAAAGCAGAUGAAGAUCAUCCAUGAAGAUGGCUAUUCAGAAGAUGAGUGCAAGCAGUACCGAGCAGUGGUUUAUAGUAACACCAUCCAGUCUAUUAUGGCCAUUGUUAAAGCCAUGGUCAGCCUCAAGAUUGACUACAGCAACCCUGCCAGACUGGAUGAUGCCCAGCAGCUGUUUGCCCUGUCUGCAGCUGCUGAAGAACAGGGCAUUCUUCCUGAUGACCUGGCCAAUGUGAUCAGGCGGUUAUGGGGUGAUAGCGGCAUACAGAGUUGCUUUGCAAGGUCACGAGAAUACCAACUGAACGACUCUGCGGCAUAUUACCUGAACGACCUGGAGAGAAUAGCUAAAGCAGAUUACAUCCCCACCCAGCAGGAUGUGCUGCGAACCCGGGUCAAGACCACUGGCAUUGUGGAGACUCACUUCACUUUCAAGGAACUACACUUCAAAAUGUUUGAUGUGGGAGGCCAGCGCUCAGAGAGAAAGAAGUGGAUUCACUGUUUUGAAGGAGUCACAGCUAUUAUCUUUUGUGUUGCACUGAGUGCUUAUGACCUGGUGCUGGCUGAAGAUGAGGAGAUGAAUCGAAUGCAUGAGAGCAUGAAGCUCUUUGACUCCAUCUGCAACAACAAGUGGUUCACUGACACUUCCAUCAUCCUCUUCCUCAACAAGAAGGAUCUCUUUGAGGAGAAGAUUACUCGCAGCCCCCUCACCAUCUGCUUUCCAGAGUACACAGGAGCCAACAAAUUUGAUGAAGCAGCCAGUUACAUUCAGACCAAGUUUGAGGACUUGAACAAGAAAAAAGACACCAAGGAGAUCUACACGCACUUCACCUGCGCCACUGACACCAAGAACGUGCAGUUUGUCUUUGACGCUGUCACUGACGUCAUUAUCAAGAACAACCUGAAAGACUGCGGUCUUUUCUAAAGGAUGAUGUCCGACGCGCACACACUGCAUGAGAGACUGCAGCAGCCAUGUGAUGAUUACUCCUUUUCAUAAUGAAAACCAUAACAGACUUGAUUCCUAGAGGGGAAACCUGAAAUAACUUCAACAAUCACUGAUUUGCAGCCAUCACAUUCUCUAAUGUAUUGUUGUUAUUAUUAUUAUUAUUACUUUAUAUAUAUAUAUUUCUUACCGCACAUCCUGAACACAAAGUAAAUACUGAGUAAAAACAUACAGUAUUUGACCAAUGACUCCCAAACUGGACCUAAAAGAACCACUUGCAGUCAAGGCACUCACCUGUGAAUUGCUGUUUUUAAUUGGAUAUACAACAAAAAGUUUAUCAGCCAACUUGCUAAAGUGUAAAAGAACCGUUGGAAGUGUAAAACCUAAAUGAAAAUACAGUUAACUGUAGUAAGAUUUGUAGUUUCCAUCCUCAUUAAGUCUUCAAGGACCAGUACAAGAACCGCUCGUUUGCUCAGUCUCAUUUUGUUCAUAUUUAAAUCUCAGUUUGAUUUGAUUUUUGUAAGUUUUCUUUUUACUUUUUUUUGGAGUUUAAUAACAGGAUAGAGUAAAACAACUUUUUAUAAAAAUCACAUUAACUUAUGUUAACUAUUGUUGGUAUUUUAUGAACCUUUUGACUGCACAGAGCUUAUUUUUAGAAGAAAACAGACAAGCACGGAGAACGAUAAUGAUGAAGGGAAAAUGUUUUGUACAAUGUUUACACAGAAUCAAUAUUCACAACUGUAUUAUAGUGCAUUGUUCUGCAUGAGUGUCCAUAGAUUAGCCUGUAUCCCCCACAAACAAAUAACAUUCCUUAAGUAACUUCUUUAAAGAAACAGAAGAGAAAAGGUUAUGUGUCACUUCUGAGGUAAUUGCAAGAUUUUUAAGUGAUUAUGUCUGUUCCUAACAUGAAUUGUUCUGUAUUAUUUGUUUCAUUUCAAGUCUUUUGACAUAUGUUUGUGCCUUGAUAUCUGUUUACACUUGUUCUUUAGAGACAUGGUAUCUUCAUUGUGUGAAUUAGGGCUAUUUCUACUUCAGUUCACGUAACCCAUGAUUUAAAAUGCAACAAGACUGAGACAGUUAAUAGUCAUCAUUAAUAUUAAGAUUAAAGUCAUUCACUUGUUAAAUGUAAAUAAAGGUUUGGUCACUCAG